GUUCGAUCAAAACUGCUGUGCUGCAGGCGAAUUGUGGUCAGGGGUUGAGGUGAGGGGGAAGGCCCAUGUUUUUUCUACGCUCCAUCUGAGCGACUUCAAUGGGGAUCAUUCUUCUCAUUCAGCUCUCGCAUUUCCGCAUUCUGCAUCUCCUUACAUCCCACUCCCCACCAUGACCCAACCCCAGGCAGUAUAGUCAUGGCCGAACAACAACAUCCUGAGGAAAGACCUGCGGUCAGGCAAGAGAGAACUAGCCGGGUAUAUGAAAUUGGCAAGAGUGGUAUGGCCAGCGCUAGACAGCUUGGUGACCCAUCGUCCUCUCUAUCUGGAACUGUAGACAUGGAGAGAGCGGCUCUUCCGCACACCAUUGAUUUAGACACCCAUUUCAGGGUGCUGCACCAUCUUGGUCAAGGUGUUAUCGAAAAGUACGGACACCAUAUUCGCGUCGUUGUGAACUUGAAGGACCAAAUGGACGCCGAUAUCAUGUCCUGGUCUCAGGCAUCCAAGUUGGUGCACCUCGACAUGUGCAUAUUAGCGUCGCUCGACUUGCAUGCGCGCUUUUACGACAUUGUUCGACGAAACAGCACCAACCUCGUUUCCUUGCACUUUGCUUGCAUGCAAGAGCCAAAGCCGUUUUUGCGGGUCGAUGCACUCUCUACUGGUACCACAGCGAUUUCAAAGCUGUCUUUUCUCAGGAUCGAACGGUUUCAAAUGACUCGCGGUGAAUUCACGGUGUUGUUAAAGAUGUGCCCUCUCUUGGACACAUUGGAUAUGCGAGAGGUACCCAUUAAAGGCGACAUCGUUACGGAAGCGUUUCGGCAUCCGAGGCUACACAGCCUUGUCGCUACGAUCGCACAAAUAUUCGAAAUGGAUCCCACCAUACCCAACACACCGCCACUCGUUGUUCAUUUCCCGCGCCUCAGGACAUGGAAAAUAUUGGACCGAAUCCCAGCGGUCGUCGUCCCAAUGGAUGUCAUCAGGGAUAACAUUGGUUGGCAUUGCCCUUUACUGAGGGCUAUCCAUACUGAAACAGACGAGAAAGUAACAACAAAUCUGCUUACUCGAGCCUUUUACGGACUGGCCGAAAUCCGAAUCGACUUUUAUUCCUUCUCACUAGAUGAGAUUAUGGCUGUGCGAAGUCAUCGAAGUACACUGGAGUCUGUUGGCACCAUUCUUCCGCAUAAUUUCUCUUACGAUGUAGCUAAUGUCGGGCGGACGUACGAUCGUCUCCAGGGAUACAACUGCUAUAUUCAAGAGUUACUGCGGUGCUGCACUCGACUACGAACCAUCAGCUUCCCUUUAGAGGGGAUGGAUAUCAACGAGAUCGAGAAGGCCCAAUGGCCGUGCAAGGACUUGGAGAUACUCCAGAUUAGGAUCCGUGGCCUGGAUACCAAAGAAACCAUCGAUCGCACGACCGAUUUCUGGAUGGACAAAAGAGCUGAGAGCAGGAGGCCAUCAUCAAGAAAGAAAGAGGCCACACUGAAGCAUGGCUCCAUUGAAGAACGAGUAGCCCGACACCUUUUGCAGUUCGAUAGCCUGAAGGAGGUCUGGCUUGGGCACAAGAUCAGGAGAUUGUAGAUGAACCGCACCCUCUUUUUUUUUUUUUUUGCAGUCCAAUAAAUGAUAACCAUUUU